GGACACUGCUCCUGGCGCGGAGCCCACAUUCACCUCAGCCUCUAUGGAAGCACACAGACUCCUAGGACGUCAUCUGGGGUAAGAGCCAACGCCCUGCCCACCCCGGCGGCACACCCCUUCCGCAACUAUAAAGGCCUUUGGCCGAGGCGCUUCCUCCUAUACCUCUCGCCCCACUUCCCGGAGCCCGUCCAGUGCGGAGCCGUCUUCACCAUGGAGCAGCUGAGCACAGCAAACACCCAGUUCGCGGUGGACAUGUUCCACGCUAUGAAUGAGGACAGUCCUACUGGGAAUAUAUUCUUCUCUCCCUUAAGCAUUUCAUCAGCAUUGGCCAUGAUCCUUCUGGGGACUCAAGGUGCUACUGCAGUACAGGUGUCCAAGGCUCUUCAUUUUGAUACAGUUGAGGAGAUUCAUUCAAGAUUUCAGAGUCUGAAUGCCGAUAUCAACAAACGCGGAGCCUCCUAUAUUCUGAAACUUGCUAAUAGGUUGUAUGGAGACAAGAACUAUAAUUUCCUCCCUGAAUUCUUAGCUUCAACUCAGAAAAUGUAUGGUGCUGAAUUGGCCAGUGUGGAUUUUCAGCAAGCCUCUGAAGAAGCAAGGAAGGUGAUUAAUGAGUGGGUCAAAGGGCAGACAGAAGGGAAAAUCCUGGAACUAUUGGCUCCAGGUGUGGUUGACAGCAUGACUAAGCUUGUGCUAGUGAAUGCCAUCUAUUUCAAAGGGAACUGGGAGGAGGAGUUCAUUAAGGAAGCCACUGACAAUAAGCCCUUCCGCUUGAAUAAGAAAGAGACAAAAAUGGUGAAAAUGAUGUAUCAAAAGAAGAGAUUCCCAUAUGGCUACAUCGAGGACCUUAAGUGCCGCGUGCUAGAACUGCCUUACCGAGGCAAGGAACUCAGCAUGAUUAUCCUGCUGCCAGAUGACAUUGAGGAUGAGUCCACAGGUCUCAAGAAGAUUGAGGAACAAUUGACUUUGGAAAAACUGCGUGGGUGGACCAAAGCUGAGAAUCUGGAUUGCAUUGAAGUCAAAGUCUACUUGCCCAGGUUCAAGCUGGAAGAGAGCUACGACCUUAACUCCCACCUAUCCCGCCUGGGUGUAAAGGAUCUUUUUAGUAGCAGCAAGGCUGAUCUGUCCGGCAUGUCAGGAGCUAGAGAUCUUUUCAUAUCAAAAAUUGUCCAUAAGUCCUUUGUGGAAGUCAAUGAGGAGGGCACAGAGGCGGCGGCUGCCACAGCAGGCGUUGCCACCUUUACCAUGCUGAUGCCCGAGGAGGAAUUUGUUGCCGACCAUCCAUUCAUUUUCUUUAUCAAGCAUAAUCCCUCUGCUAACAUCCUGUUCUUGGGCAGAUUGUCUUCCCCUUAGAAACUGGAAAUACAAGGUCAUGCUUAGAGCUUUAUUACCUGCACUUUCAAUGGUGACAAUUUUCAUAUAUCUUUACCAAUAAAACUACCAUCUGAAAAAAGAUCUUUAAUUUCCUUUGUAAGUUCAGCUCUGUUGGCUGUUUACAUACACCCAUGAAAUGUGUAGAUUCUUGACAACAUAGUAGUCUAUGAACUUGCUAUGCUCUCCUGAUGGCCAAAGGAAACAUGAUAAUACUAUAAUUUAGUUUACAGACAGAAUUUUGGAAGCCGAAAUAGACAUUGAUUGUAGAAGGGAGGCUAAAAAAACGGAUAUUCAAUUGAAAUAUAGGAGGGCACCUCAAUUAAGAGUCUGGGUUGUAAGACAAACUUGCCUUGGCCAAUAUUUCUAAUCCCUUGUCCUAUAAGGUUAGUAUUUUUUAAUUGUUCUUAUUCUUUCAAACUAUUAAAGAGUCACUGGUGAUA